AUGGUUCUGCUGAAUGAGAGACUCCCGAGUGUUGACCACAAGUUGAAGUCUGGGACUCUUCGAGCGUCAAUUCUGCGAACGCUCUCCCGCUUCAUCUCCAUUAGCGUUGGUACUGCUGAGAUGUCUUCGCGCUCCCUUUCUAAGAGUCAUUGCUCCACGACUCUUCGUCAUCCCAAUGCCCUGAGCAUGUUCGCCCCAGUCAUAACUAUCGUCCUCUUCACCAUCAUCGCCAUGGCAAACGGGACUGCUCUCGAUAUCAAGACGGCCUUCCCGACGAUUGCCGUCCUCGCAUUAGUGACGCAUUCGGCAAACAUGGUCAUGACGAUCGUACCACAAGCGAUAGCGGCCUGCGCGAGCUUCGACAAGAUUGAAGACUACAUCAAGUCCCAAAAGGCACCUGCGAUCAGCCACUCACCUCGCCCUGCACAGCUAGCCGAAGGGUCCGAGGUGUCAAUCCAGGGCUUGACCGUACAGUGGACUCCAGAAGGCAGCCCUACUUUGAAGGACAUCAACCUCGAGCUCUUACGAGGCCAAGUGGUUGCUUGUUUGGGGCCAGUCGGUGCCGGAAAAUCAACCUUGGCACGAGCAAUCCUCGGGAAAGUACCACUGAUAAAGGGCACAAUCAGGCAUCGUACCGAGAGCAUCGCAUAUUGUGCACAAGUCCCUUGGCUUCCCAAUCGGACCAUCAGACAAGUCAUUUGUGGGUCGAUGGUAAAGUACAAUGUCGGUAACGAGUGGUAUCGUGCUGUUAUCCGGUCAUGUUGUCUCGACCAAGAUCUAGCUGUCCUUCCUGAUGGUGACCAGACUGUGGCCGGAGCUGACGGGAUGAACUUGUCUGGUGGACAACGGCAGCGUGUGGCCCUUGCGCGUGCCGUCUUUCAUCGUUGUAAUAUGGUGGUGCUUGAUGAUCCGUUCAGCGCUCUUGAUGGAAAGACAGGAGAUCAAGUUGCUCAAAACCUUCUUGGGCCGAAGGGGGUUUUCCGACAGCUGAACGCCGCGGUGUUUUGGAUAACGAGUUCCAGGUACUACUUCUUCAAUGCCGGGCCCUUGAACAUUCUGCUAAUGGUGACUUGCACGGCAUCGUACUCCUUCUUCAUUACCUUCCCCCAGUACUGGGUCAAAUGGUGGAUGCAGAACGACGAGCUCAAUACUGCUAGCAAGAGAGGCACGGUCUUUUACGCACUGGGCUACGCCCUCCUAUACCUGAUGGCUUGGAUAUCUACGAACAGCACGAUGCUAUCAACCGUCUUUCGAAUUGCCCCAACCUCCGGGCUAGCUCUUCAUCGAACUCUCUUGCGCACGAUCAUGCACGCACCCCUCCUCUAUUUCUCUACCGCAGAUACAGGCGUUCUCCUGAACUACUUCAGCCAAGACAUACAGCUCGUGGACAAAACGCUGGAGUCCGCCCCCAUCAUGGCCGUCACCCUUCCCAUCUGUGCCGUUAUCGUCUACGGGAUCCAGAAGGUUUACCUAUGCACUUCACGCCAGCUUCGACUCCUCGAGCUGGAGAGUCGGGCGGCUGUGAACUCGUCUCUUCUGGAAACCGUGCAGGGUAUUGAGACAAUCCGGGCAUUUAGCUGGCAAACCGAGUCCGUGUUGGAAAACGUCCAUGUCGUUGACCUAAGCCAGCGCGCUUUUUACAUCUUGCUGUGUCUUCAAAGGUGGCUCAACGUGGUUCUCGAUCUUCUCAUUGCUGGUGUUGCCAUUAGCACGAUUUUUCUCGCGGUCAGCUUGAAGGGCACGGUGACUGGAGGCCAGGUUGGCGUGGCCCUUUCGGUCAUCAUCGCUGCCAAUGCCACUCUCCUGAGCUUGGUUCAGUCGUGGACGAAUUCGGAAAUCUCGCUCGGAGCCAUCUCGCGGUUGAAGAGCGUAGAGAAAGAUACGCCAGAAGAGCUGGCCUCUAUUUCCCUACCUGGUUCAAUCGACAGGCCCUUUACCGGGUGGCCCUCGCCUUACCCUUAUCAUAACAAUCCCAAACUCAUUCGGUUUGAAGGAAUCUCUGCAUCAAAUACGAGCAAUGGCCCCUUGGUAUUCCAGGAUUUCAACCUCGAAGUUGCCGCUGGCCAUCCUCGAUACUCCCCUCUCCCGCCCCCCGCCCUCUCCACCGGCCACCUCCAACUCCUCUCCCUCGCCCGCGCCAUCAUCAAAGCCCGACGCAUGCGCGUCGCAGCCCAAGCCGCCUCAGAUCAAGAAUACGGUGACAGACGCGACAUGACCGGUGGUCCCGACCCCAUCUCAUAUUGUUCUUCCGCUCCAGGAUUUCGCCACCCAAAUAUCGUCCAGCCGAUCAUCUUGCUGGAUGAGAUCACGGCGUCAUUGGAUGAGAAGACUGAACGAAAAGUGCUGGAAGUGAUUAGAAAGGAGUGGGUGGAGAACAAAUAUAUUGUUUUGAUGGUUAUGCAUCGGUUGGAAGCGGUUAGGAAGACUUUGUUGAGGGGGAAUGGGAGGGUGGGGGAUUUGGUGGUGAAUAUGGAAGGGGGGAAGGUGGUUGGGAUUGAGAAGGUGGGUGACGAGCAGCGUUAA